AUGGACAGAGGUGUAGAUGAAAUUGUGAAGAAUUCGGAAACAUCGAGUAAUGGGGAAAUCAUUGAUGUUGAAAACGGAGUUUCAUUUCGUAUUGGAGUUCCACGGGCGG